AUGUCUGAUGAAGUGAUUUGGCAGGUCAUAAACAACCAAUUUUGUGCAUUUAAAAUUAAGACCACUAAAGAUCAAAAUUUCUGUAGAAACGAGUACAAUGUAUCUGGUUUAUGUUCAAGGCAAUCAUGUCCCUUGGCAAAUGCAAGAUACGCCACGGUGAAGAACGUGGACGGAAAGCUUUACUUAUAUAUGAAAACAGCAGAAAGAGCACAUAUGCCCUCGAGAAUGUGGGAAAGAAUCAAGUUGCUGAAGAACUAUAACAAGGCACUUGGCCAGAUAGAUGAGCAUUUGCAGUACUGGCAAAAGUUUUUAAUUCACAAGUGUAAGCAAAGAUUAACCAGAUUGACUCAGGUUGCUAUCACUGAAAGAAGAUUGGAAUUACGUGAAGAAGAAAGACAUUAUGUAGGAGUGAAGCCCAAGGUCAAGAGAAGAGAGCAGACCAGAGAGAGAAAGGCGCUCGCUGCAGCCAAGAUUGAGAAGGCUAUUGAGAAGGAAUUAUUAGAAAGAUUGAAGAGUGGUGCUUACGGUGACAAGCCAUUGAACGUUGACGAAAACAUUUGGAAGAAAGUGUUGGGUAAAGUUGGCGAUGAAGAAGAAUUGGAUGAAGACGACGAAGAGUUGGAAGACGAAGAUUUGGAAGAGUAUGAUGAAGACAGUGAUGUAGGCGAAGUUGAAUAUGUUGAAGACGAUGGAGACGAUGAGUUGGUUGACAUGGAAGACUUAGAAAGAUGGUUGGACGAUUCAUCUGCAGAUGAAAACGAGUCCAGCGAUAGUGACGACAGUGACGAAGAAGAAAGUAAGAAGAGAAAGACUGUUGGAGACGAUAGUAAGAGAAAGAAGAGAAGACCUAGAGUUGAGAUCGAGUAUGAGCAAGAAGAAGAGCCACUCACCAACAUUGCUGCAUCUUAG